UUUCUAUAGUUAUUGGUUUUAAUUACAUGGCUCGUCCAAAAAGCAGCAAUUUUGUUUGUGAUAUUUGAUAACAUUAAAAUAUUCCUCAAUUGCUAAGACGCUACACUAAUUUACUAAAAAAUAAGUGAAUGUUUGUGUGUUAUUUGUAUAUUCAAUUUCAAAAGCAAUAUUUAGUAGGUACAUGUGUUCACUGAGGUAUAAAACAGUAGCUUCAUAUUUUUUACGUGUGAAUUUGGAUUUUAAUAGCAUGUGGAUUGGAGUCGAUUUAUAAAUAAUUUUAAACGUAAAAUUUGACAAUGGCAGAUGACCUAAGAAACUAUAAGUUGCAGUUGCAGCAGGUAGAAGCUGCUUUAUUGACUGAUCCAGAAAACGAAGAACUUUUGAAACUUAAGACGGAUUUGGAAGAAGUAAUUGAGUUGACUCAAGAUCUAAUAAAAACUCAAGAGGGUGAAUCCAAUGUCAGUGUUCAUAGUUCUAGUAAUAAUGAUGAUGUUACAGCUUCCCUGCUGGCUGCGGAGAGUGGUGAAGCGGCACCAGUGCAAAAGUGGCAUAUUGGGGAGAAGUGUCUUGCUAAAUGGAAAGCAGAUGGAAUGUUCUAUGAAGCCACAAUUGAAGAGAUUGGUGAGAAUAGUCUAAAAGUCAAAUUUAAUGGAUACACAACCUUGGAGCCUGUGUCUACUAUGGAUGUUAAAUCUUUAGGUUCUGGAGUGAAAAGACCAUUAAGUGGUGAUGAAGGAAAGCAAGGUAAAGGCUAUAAUAGAGAAUAUUUGAAAAAGAAGAAACAGAAGAAACAACAGAGAUUUAAACAAAUAGAAGAAGAAAGAGAGAGUGAAAAGAAUAAAUGGCUUUCGUUCCAUUCAAAAGCAUCUAAAAAACCAGGUAUUAGAAGUAAAAGUAUAUUUGCAUCCCCUGAUAAUUUGGAGGGCAGGGUUGGAAUUGGAACAUGUGGUAUAUCUGGGAGGCCUAUGACUGAGUAUACACCUGGAGAAAAGUGGAAAAAGGGUGGAUAACUUACUAAUAUAAGUUUUAGUUUAAAUUCUGUACUGUCUUUGUCACACAAUAGACUCAAUAAAUUCUUUAUAUACAAAAA